AUGACCAGCUUAUCACCGAGGGCAGUCACGGCUCCGGGCGCCUCCGCCGUCGCCUCCUUCUCCCCGCGCAGGCCUGAUCGCGCCCCUCACAAAAUGGCGGUCGUGCCCGGCCCGGCACCCCCGCUUCUCCCCCUCCGCAGCGCCAGGCAAUGCCGCCACACGGGCACACCCGGAGGCUGUUCGGAGAAGCGGGAGGAAGCAGCAGAACUCCCCUCAGAGAGGAGACACGAAGGAACGGGAGGGCCGCAGGACGGCGGCGCCCUGAGGGGAGCUGAGCAACAUGGCGGCACCUCCCGCCCCCGGCCGGGAAGGAGCAGCAGCGCGAGCCCGAGCGCGCCGCCUCAUUGGCUCGCCUUUCCCCGCCGCCCGCUGAUUGCCGCGGCGGGCCCGCCCCUCGGCGGCCCCCUCAGCGCGGCGAUGGCGGCGGGCGCGGCGCGCGGCCCCCGGGCGGGACAGGCCGCGGCCCCGGGCGGGCCCGGUGACGCCUCCCUGGGGCUCGGCAGCGCCGCGACGUGGCCCCUGCAGCGCUAUGCCCGCUUCCUGCCCCCGGCGGACGGCGACGACGACGACGAUGAUGGGCAAAACACCUCGUCUUGGAAGGUCUUUGAAUCAAAUGAAGAAUCAGGCCAUAUUAUCCUUACUAUUGUUGUAUCUGGACAUUUCUUUAUUUCCCAAGGACGAACAGUACUGGAAGGCUUUUCAUUAAUUGAUUCCCACAAGUGGUUAAAGAUAGUAAGAAGAGCAGACUGCCUGCUGCUUUGUGCACAGUCAAAGCAGAAUGAGAGCCGCCUGUUCCGUGUUCAGUUUGGUGGAGAUUCCCAGGAGGAGAGGCUGGGACACUGCAGCAGUUGUGUGCAGAAGCUUGGGGAGUAUCUACCAGUUCAAGUGGCUGAGGAGCAAAGCCAGCAGCUCUGCCACAGCCUCGGGCAGGCUGGCAGUCAAAACCAGGUGAAGGACCCUGACCAGAAUGCAUCUGCACUGCACAUACCAGAUGAGCCUCUACCAGCUUCCUGCUCCAGCCUUGGAGAAAGAAGAUCUGUCACACAGCUAGCACAGUGGGUGCUGAGCAGGAAUCCCGAGCUCCCCCUCCUACAGCAGCAGCAGGCGCCGUGGCGGGCACAGGAGCUGGGGCCCUUCAUCCGCUUGUGCCUCCUGGACCAGAACUUCCCAGCUUUUGUGGAAGAUGUGGAGAAGGAACUGAAAAAACUCACAGAAGGCUGAAAAAUACCAACUGGAACAAAGGCU